CCCACAUCAUGGAUGGCGAGCUCUCAGGUUUCGCCUGGCUCGCCCUGGCAUCCCAGGACCCGGACGACCAGCGGGAUCCAUGAGCCGCUCUCAGGGGCCAGGGCAGGGGCCUCUGGCUCCCAAAGCUGGCCAAGAGGUGAUGAGUGAGGCCAGGAGAACGCAAGAUUUAAAAAGCAACCGGGGCCUCCGUAUUGAAUGAAAGACCCAGAGCAAAGGCAUCACCAUGAACACGAGCAUCCCUUACCAGCAGAGUCCUUACAGUCCCCGGGGCAGCUCCAAUGUCAUCCAGUGCUACCGCUGCGGAGAAACCUGCAAAGGGGAAGUGGUCCGCGUCCACAACAACCACUUCCACAUCAGGUGUUUCACCUGUCAAGUGUGUGGUUGCGGCCUGGCCCAGUCGGGCUUCUUCUUCAAGAACCAGGAGUACAUCUGCACCCAGGACUACCAGCAGCUCUACGGCACCCGCUGCGACAGCUGUCGGGACUUCAUCACGGGUGAGGUCAUCUCCGCGCUGGGCCGCACCUACCACCCUAAGUGCUUCGUGUGCAGCUUGUGCAGGAAGCCUUUCCCUAUUGGAGAUAAGGUGACCUUCAGUGGUAAAGAAUGUGUAUGCCAGACAUGCUCCCAGUCCAUGACCAGCAGCAAGCCAAUCAAGAUCCGUGGACCAAGCCACUGUGCUGGGUGCAAAGAGGAGAUUAAGCACGGCCAGUCACUCCUGGCCCUGGACAAGCAGUGGCAUGUCAGCUGUUUUAAAUGCCAGACCUGUAGUGUCAUCCUGACGGGGGAGUACAUUAGCAAGGAUGGUGUUCCAUACUGUGAGUCUGACUACCACUCCCAGUUUGGCAUUAAAUGUGAGACGUGUGACCGGUACAUCAGCGGCAGGGUCUUGGAGGCAGGAGGGAAACACUACCACCCCACCUGUGCCAGAUGUGUACGCUGCCACCAGAUGUUCACCGAAGGGGAGGAGAUGUAUCUCACAGGUUCUGAGGUUUGGCACCCGAUCUGCAAGCAGGCAGCCAGGGCAGAGAAGAAGCUCAAGCAUCGACGGACAUCUGAAACUUCCAUCUCACCCCCUGGAUCCAGCAUUGGGUCCCCUAACCGAGUCAUCUGCGACAUCUAUGAGAACCUGGACCUCCGGCAGAGACGGGCCUCCAGCCCGGGAUACAUCGACUCCCCCACCUACAGUCGGCAAGGCAUGUCUCCCACCUUCUCCCGUUCGCCUCAUCACUACUACCGUUCAGCUGGAGAAAGUAACAUCUACCGAAAACCCCCGAUCUACAAACGGCAUGGUGAUUUGUCCACAGCAACCAAGAGCAAAACAAGUGAAGACAUCAGCCAGGCCUCCAAGUAUAGUCCAGCCUACUCACCAGACCCCUACUAUGCUUCGGAGUCCGAGUACUGGACCUACCAUGGGUCCCCCAAAGUGCCCCGAGCCAGAAGGUUCUCGUCUGGAGGAGAGGAAGAUGAUUUUGACCGCAGCAUGCACAAGCUCCAGAGUGGGAUUGGCCGGCUGAUUCUGAAGGAAGAGAUGAAGGCACGGUCUAGCUCCUAUGCGGACCCUUGGACCCCUCCACGGAGCUCCACCAGCAGCCGGGAGGCCCUGCACACCACUGGCUAUGAGAUGUCCCUCAAUGGCUCCCCUCGUUCGCACUACCUGGCUGACAGCGAUCCCCUCAUCUCCAAAUCUGCCUCACUGCCAGCCUACAGGAGAAAUGGGCUGCACAGGACACCCAGCGCAGACCUCUUCCACUACGACAGCAUGAACGCAGUCAACUGGGGCAUGCGAGAAUACAAGAUCUACCCGUAUGAGCUGCUACUGGUAACAACAAGAGGAAGAAAUCGACUGCCAAAGGAUGUGGACCGGACUCGCUUAGAGCGCCACCUGUCCCAGGAGGAGUUCUACCAAGUCUUUGGCAUGACCAUCUCAGAGUUCGAGAGACUCGCCCUCUGGAAGAGGAAUGAACUGAAGAAGCAAGCCCGGCUGUUCUAGGCGGAGGCUCUAUACAUAUAGAUGCAUUUAUAUAAAGAUGUAUGUAAAUCUCUAUCCUGACGCGCGCUAUAACCCUCUUGUAUAAUGGGACAUAACACACUGCCUGCUUUUCUGUGCUGUCAGGCGAACCCACAUCAUCGAGGUAUUUUUAUGCUCCUUACUUCUCUUUUCUAAGUACUGUGGGAUCUGGGAAGGGAUUUGAAGGGACUCCAUCCUUUUACUGGGGAUCCUUUUUAUACUGGAACAUCUGUCCCACCUCGAGUCCCCAAGGUCCAACUAACUCUCCUUUUAAAAGGUGCCUGGAAGAGUCUCUGCUCCCUGCUUCAGGACCUUCCCCCAGUCCCCAGGGCUGACGCUGGCCACGCAGUGUUCACAUACUGUGGUCACAGAUGGUCCCUCCGGUGGAAGGUCCACGAUGAUCUACCCCAAUCAGUGAGCGCCUUUGAGGCCUCAUGAAGAAUUUUCUCCAUACCUCCAAAUAGGAGCUAAGUGCUCUGUGGGGUGAUGCAGUUAGAUCUGUGGGCCUCAAAUCCAUUCCUUACAUUAGUACGGAGUGGAUGGGCCCGGCCUCUCCUCAGCACAGCACCCCUCCUCCUUCUGCCCUUGGUCCUGACCACUCCCUCAUGCAAAUCUAGAAUUCAUGAUAGGAAAAGGAAAAAGGCAUUUCCCUUCCCUCUACCACCCCCACUGGCUCCUCUCCCUGCCCCGCAGCGGUCCUAGCACACACACACACACACACACACACACACACACACACACACACACACACACCCCUCCCUGUUUCUAGGAGAGGCCAUUGUUGCAGCCUGUACUCUUCAGCCUUAUUACAAUCUAUGUGCCUGAUGAUCUACACACCACAGGGCUAACGUUCCCACCAUAGCUCCAGCGAGCAUCCAAGACAGACACACUCACCACCCUGUGCAGGAAGACUAGACCACACCCUAAAGAAAAACCUUGGCCUACGCUACUGGUCCCUAGAUGGCAAUGCAUCCAUGUUGGACCCCCACCCAUCCCACCCCCGGGCCUGCUACAACAUUGGUUGCAUCUCACAGGGGAAGCUUUCAGAAGCAUAAGGUGUUGAGGGGAUUCCAGAGUGAGGCAUUGACCAACACUGCCCAUGCUUUACCCCGGUGGCCUCAGGGACUGGACUCCCCUGCUUUUUCUGCAGCAGGUGAAAACAGAACCUUCUCUCACCCCCACUACAGUGCUGAGCUGUUGACUGGUGGCUUCCCUCUUGGAGAUGCCUACGUCACACUAUUUGGGGGGGCGGGGCUCACAGAGGCAAGAUGGAGAAGUUUCAAAGGACAGUUUAUGAUGCUCAAAAGGCUGGUGAUGUGGCAUGGCGAGUGUAGAACUGGCUUCGGCAAACCCUUCCUGAGCACCUGUUGAAUGCUGAGCACCGAGUGGGGGAGGGGGAGGGGGCACCGGGAUCACUCAAAGAGGGCCCUAGUUUCAGGGGCAUGCCUAGUAAUAGGAGACCUGGUAAGACGCGUACCAGACAUAACGGAUACAAGGCAGAAAGUGAUGGACGGAGGUCUGAGAAAGGAUGUGUGACGUUGCUGAAGGUGUAUGCAGCCGGUGCAGACCAAGGAAGCUUCUAGAAGAGAUGGCAUGCAAGCAAAAUCAGGAAGGAUCUGAGGAAUCUGUGACUUGGAAGGGUGACAGGGUGGAGGACCUAGAAAGGAAGUCUAACAUACUCUCAUUUAAAAUGUCACCUCCCUGCAACUUCUCUUUUUGGCCAAUGUCUUUCAACUUUCCUGACCCAUUAGAAACGUCCCCAGCCAGAUGCAAUCACUGAAACUGCCUCAUUGUCACCGGUUAAUGACUUGGGAGAUGGAAGGGCUUUUGUUAUAUUGUUGUUGGGUAUUUUUUGUUUCCCAUAAAAGCACAUCAU